AUGACCUCCACCACCCUGAUGCCUGUCCGUGUCUCCUUGCGACGAGAAUCCAACGUCCAUCCCCCCGACCAGCUGGACCCGGAGCCUCCGGCCAAAAGGCCUCGCCUGCAGCACCCUUCGUCGCGUCGUCGCAAAAGCUCCCCGGACCUGCUCGAUACCACCACCACCACCGAGAACUCGUCGUCGGCCGCCUCGCCCUACAAGCUCUCGCCCCAUCCCCUGCGCCGGCGGACCUCGACGCGCCGCCCGCUGGCCAGCAAUCCCACGGGCUCCCCGGCCACUCCCCGACCGGCCGACCGUCGCAUCCUCCGCAAUGAGACCCCCACCAUUGCCCCCGCGUCGUUAUAUCUGCGUGGCGGUCGCGAAUCACCCGAUCCCCUAGACACCAUUUCCCCGGCCGCAACCACCAAGUCCUCUGUCUCGCGGAGGUUGUCGCCCGCGGGACGACCCUCCGCCUCCGCCGCCGCCGCCGCUUCCUCCUCCGCCCGUCGUCCGCGUCGCUCAGCUCCGGCCACCGACCCCGAUCUCGACCCGGUGACUCCUGUCAGUGCCCAGCAAGAAGCCAGCGCAUUGUCAGCGUCCAAUCCGUCUCAAUCCUCCCACGAAGCAACCGCCCAGCAAUCCACUCCAACAGAGCAGCCCUCCGCCGCGCGCGAGCAACGGCGCUCUCUCCGCUCCCACGAUGGCGGCUCCCGCGCACGCAGCGAGCUGGCACAAUACUUUCCCAACUACGAGGAACUCAUCAGCCUGGAGCCCCCAAAGCCGGAAUUCCUCACCGGAAGUACCACCAUCAAACUCAUCGACGACCUCCCCGAACCCCUCAUCCCAUCCUCCGAUCCCGACAUAGACACCGAUACACCCUUCGGAAAUCCCCUGCUUAACCUUCACAACUGCGAAACCAUCAGUCUUCCCGAUCCUACAUCUCUCUCCCAGUCCGAUACCACCACUACUGAAUCUUCCUCCACCGCGAUCGACCCCCUCAGCGAAGAAAUCUACUUUCGUCCGCAUCGGCGCAACGAACGUCAAGAAAAGCAACUCCGCAAUAUUGAGCGCGACCACAACCAGUACGAGAAACAAAAGCUCGACCGUCUUCUCGAUGACCUCCAAGGCCAUGACUGGCUCCGUCCCAUGGGCAUCACGGGGCACAUCACCGACCAAGAGCGCAAACACUACGAGACCAAACGCGCCCACUUCAUCCAGGAGAUUUCGGCCGUGCUCCAGAAAUUCAAGAUUUGGAAAGAAGAAGAAAAGCGCCGCAAGCUAGAAAAGGACAACAAGCUCAUUGAGGAAGAAAACAAAGACCACACUCCGGAGACCAACGACGAGGAAGGCGACGAUGGCGACAACAACAACGGCGUCACCACCCUCUCCGAUGUCCAAAGCUACGGCGGUGACCCGCCCGAUCCAAAUGACGUGGACGCCUGGGCCGCAAGACAACUACAUCAGGAAGCGCGAUCAGCUACCACAAAUCCCACCAGCACAACAGGCAAGAAAUCCAAGCCCUCCACAUCCAAGAAACCCUCCUCGACCACCAUGCCCCCACCCCCGGCGCCCGUCCCUCAUCUCCCCCCUCUCCCCCUCGAACCGGAAAAACCAUUCACAUCCUUCUUCUCGAAACCCCAUCUCCGCGAACUAGCCCUGUCCUCCACCAACCGCAAAGGCCGAACGCGUCUCGCCUUCGGCCACGCGCUCCCCGACAUGGACGAGCGGGAAUUCGAACUCCCUGCCGAGAUUCUCACCCCAGAGGCUAUCGAUUCAUGUCGACGAAAGAGACGCCGAAUGAAGCGGGCUAGUCGGGGAGACACGGAGACCGGGUAG